UGAAAGCUGUACUGUGUUGCCAUUUAGCUUGUAAUUUAACAACUUUGUUUGCUAAAAAUGCUUGCUAACAAUCCUGAAUCCAAUUUCAAUAUUUUUUUUAAAAAAUCAAUAUCUUAGCCAAAACCAGAAAAUUAAGUUGUUGACAAUUAUUUGUGACAAGUUUGGUUUGGGGCAGGGAGUGGGCCAGUUUUCAUCAGAGAAACAAAAAAUGUUGACUGGCUUUCCUAUAGCCCUGUUACUGCUAAAUAGAGCCCUCCAACAACUGUAAUAUGCUCAGCUCCUUACUAGUGUAUAGCGUGACCAUAUGUUGUACUCAGAGUCUCUUGCUUUUUUCCCCAGCGAGUCAGUGUAGCUUCUGCCAGCCCAGAGGUUGGGCAGCCAAUGUCUUACGUUUUCACAAUGUUUUGUCCAACUUUCAUAAAGUAAAUACAUGGUUAAUAUGAGUUAAAAAGGCCAGCGACGCUUCCUUGUGAACAAUCUGUGCAGCAGAUCAUGCUGGAGCUGUGAGAAUGUCAGGUUUUGAUGGAACUUUAGAGGCAGUGAUUUGUCAUGUAUUUCUGGCCGUGCCCAAAAUGUGCUGCUAUUGCUAAUGUCUUUCCAAACAAUAAUAAGGCACAAUAGGACUCCUGUCACGUUUCUGUGCUGCCUUAAUCGAGAGGAGAUGAUUCUGGGCUGACUUCAUUUUGGUCACUUUGUGCUUUACCUAGGAGUAAAACUAGGGUUAUAUUUUCCCACUGCUUGGAAACCCAGCUUAUUAAACUGGAUAAUGCCAUUGAUCUAGUUACAGUAUAAGGUUGAUAGAGAGAUGUAACUAACAUUAAGACUGAUGCCCACUAUACAUUUAAAACUAAAAAGUGGCUUUGUAAAAAUAACAUGGGUGUCCAACUCUACUGUGUCUCAGUCAGGGCGGAGCGCCUUGUGAGGUGUCUUCACACUAGCUCAAGGUCACAGACUCACGACUAUCCUAUAUUAGUUAUUUUAAAUAAUAUUUCUGAUGAUCUGAUAAUUUAAACAGUUAAUUAUUUCUUUAAAAAAUACCCUUAUAAGUUAUGUCGUAUCGAAAACAACUUUCCGGGUCACAAAAAAGAAAAUGGAAAGAUGAAAUAGGAUUAGCUGUACAAGCACAGAAGGGUUCUCUACUUAAGUUUGUAUGUCAUGAAAACAACAAAGUUGAUCAAGAUCAUCAUGUAACUGCCCAAGAAAAUUUUUAUGCAGAGGAAGCUCAAGAAACGCAACAACACACAGAACAAUCAUUUGAAACAGAUGCAGACACAAAACAACAAAUUACAACCGUUGAAACUGUACUAGCAUGGGAUAUAGAUGACAUUGGCGCAUGGCUGCAGUCUUUAAACAACGAAUUCGGUGCCAUUAUACUUGAGAAAGGCCCUGGAAGAAUAAAAGGUCUUGAAUAUCCUAAAGACAUUAGAGGUAGGAAAUUCACAGAAAACAAUUACUACAAAAGACUUUCUAAUGGUGAAAUUGUCAACAGAUGGUGGCUUGUGUACUCUAAAUGCAAAGAUGCUGUAUUUUGUUUCCCAUGCAAGCUUUUCAAUAGUUGCAAUUUUAAGAUAAAAACUAUGGGUAUUAAUAAUUGGAAAAAUCUUAGUCACAUAUUACCGCAACAUGAAAAGGCACAACACCACAAUGAAAGUAUGCACAAAUGGUGCGAGCUGAGUGUAAGGUUAAAAAAUCAGACAACUCUUGAUGCCCAAAAUCAAAGAUUGCUGGAGUUAGAGAAGCAGCAUUGGCGUCGUGUUCUUGAACGUCUAUUAUCUAUUGUUGAAUAUCUAUCAACAAACAAUCUUACUGUUAGAGGAAGUGUUGAGAAAUUAUUCCAGCCCAAAAAUGGCAAUUUUUUGGGCCUUAUACAACUUCUGGGAAAAUUUGACACAGUGAUGAGUGAACAUCUCCGAAGAGUAACUGAAAAUGAAAUACAUGACCACUAUUUGGAACCAAGAAUUCAAAACGAACUGAUCAUGCUAAUGAGUGAUAAAGCGAGAGACAAAAGUGUUUCACUGGUUACUUUGGCAAAAUAUUUUGCUGUAAUUCUAGAUUGCACUCCGGACAUAAGUUAUCAAGAACAGACGUCGUUAGUAGUGAGAUUUGUCGACAUUAGUGAUUCAGCACAGAUUACAGUUAAGGAAUCAUUUAUCACAUUUUUAGAAGUAGAGGACACUACAGGUUUUGGACUUCUUCAAGCUCUCCUUGAUGAUCUAAAACGAACGGGAUUGUCCGUAAUGAACAUUAGAGGACAAGGCUAUGAUAAUGGUGCCAAUAUGAGAGGAUGCAUUUCUGGCGUGCAAGCUAGAUUGCUGGCAGAAAAUCCACGAGCCUUUUUUGUUCCAUGUGCAUGCCACAGCCUUAAUUUGAUUUUGUGUGAUAUGGCCAAGUUUUCCGUAAAAGCAGUUUCUUUUUUUGGUUUGCUGCAACGCAUUUACAUGCUCUUUUCAGCUUCCACUCAACAAUGGCAGAUAUUCAAAGCACAUGUCAAUGGUAUUACCAUUAGUCCUCUAUCUGAGACGCGCUGGGAAAGCAGAGUAGAAAGUGCAAAAACGUUGAGACAUCAAUCUGAGGAAGUUUACGAAGCACUGGUUGCUAUUUCGGAAGAAGCCAGAGAUUCAAAAGUUAAAAGUGAAACACAGUCAUUGGCCUCUGAAAUAUCCAGUUUCAAGUUUCUAACAUCUGUCGUAAUCUGGUAUGACAUUCUUGCUAAAAUCUCAAGUGUAAGCAAAAUAAUGCAGAGUCCAAUGAUGCAGCUUGAUUCAACACUUACCUUACUAAACAACGCACAAGACUUUUGAGUGAAAUACAGAGAAAAUUGAUUCAAAGAAGCACAGGUUACAGCAAGGGAGCUUGCACAGGCACUUGGUAUAGAACCAAAAUUUCCAUGUCCAAACUUGACACGAGUUUCAAGGAAAAAACAGCAAGCGGAAUAUGAAGGCACAGAUGAGCCCAUAGACGAUCCAGAAAAUAAAUUUGAGGUUGAAUUUUUUAAUGUUGGGAUGGAUAAAGCAAUAUCUACCAUUGAUGAAAGGUCACACCAGGAACAGUUUGGAUUUUUGUAUAACAUAACUAAAUUCAAUGAAAUAGGAAAACACGAGCAGCAAAUGACAAAGUGAAAGAACCUAGAGAGCUUUCUGAAGAAGGGUGAUAGUUUUUGAUUUAAAUGGACUUGAACUGUACGAAGAAUUGAGUACAUUGUCAUCAGUGUUGCCACAUGCAAAAUCGGUGAUGGACAUUGUACAGUUUAUUCUUAUCAGCAAACUUGUUGACAUAUAUCCUAAUGUGUACAUUGCCACUCGUAUUCUGCUGACAAUUCCUAUAACAGUAGCAUCAGAGAACGGAGUUUCUCAAAACUAAAGCUCAUUAAAAACUAUCUCCAUUCUACAAUGAGUCAGGAAUGCUUGACUGGUCUUGCUAUUCUUGCAGUCGAACAAGACAUCACUUUAUCUUUGUCAUACGAUGUCAUUAUUACUGAUUUUGCAGCCAAAAAAGCCAGAUCGCUUUUAAUUAAAAACAACUCCUUGUUUCAAUACCUCUUCAUAGAAAUUUCCAAUAAAAUAUUGACAAAUUUAAAUUAUAUUAUUUGCAUCAUUCUGUCAAUAAAUAAAAUUUUUUCUAUAGCGCUACUUCUUUAGUGCUAGUCCAUCAGCCAUUACAGUGUGCUUAAUUAAGUUAAACUGUUUUUAAUAAAGUGCAUAUGGCAAGUUUUCCAGUACUGUAAGUUUGUUUGUGUUGCUAAGAGCAAGUCAG